AUGAACUCCACCCACAGCCACCGCCCCAGGGCUCGCCAGGGCCGGCCGGGUCCCUACGGCCGGCCCAGCUGGGGCUCUGUGCCCCACCGGCUCCCUCGCCCAAGUUUUCAGGCCCCUGGGGGGCCCACAGGGGCCCCCAAGAGAGGUGGGGGGCCCCCGGGGGCCCCCGGGGGCCCGGGGGGCCCCCCAGGGGCCCCUGGGGCCCCCGGGGCCCCCGGGGCCCCUGCGAGGGGCGGGGGGCCCCCCAGGGGCCCCUGCAGGCAGGCGCAGCAGAAGGGCCCCUGCUGCGUCUGCGGAGAAGCAGAUCCCAAGUACAAGUUCAGGUGCUGCAGUCAGCGCUUCUGCAGCACUGGGUGCUACAAGGAGCACACCAAAGUGCCCUGCCAGCAGCAGCAGCAGCAGCAGCAGCAGCAGCAACAGCAGCAGCAGCAGCUGCUGCUGCAGCAGGAGCAGGGGCCAAAACAGGAGGAGAAGGCGAGCUCUUUUGGCGCGGCUUCGGAUUUCGGCGUUGCUGCGCAGCAGCAGCAGCAGCAGCAGCUUGCAGAGCAUGCAGCAGCAGCAGCAGCAGCAGCAGCAGCAGCAGCGAGUGCAGAAGAAGACUGCAGCGUACAUACACCGGAAGCCAGCGCUGUCUUCGCAGCAGCAGAAGCAAACCAUCUGGGGGCCCCUGCUGCUGUCUGGGGGGCCCCCCUGGAGCAGCAAGGGGGGCCCCUGGAGCAGCAAGGGGGGCCCCUGGAGCAGCAAGGGGGGCCCCUGGAGCAGCAAGGGGGGCCCCUGGAGCAGCAAGGGGGGCCCCUGUGGGGGGGCCCCCCGGGGGCUGAGGGGGCCCCCGUGGGGCCCCCCGCUGCUCCCCAGGGGGCCCCCCAGGGGGCCCCCGGAGAGCUGGGGGGCCCCCAGGGGCCCCCCGACCUGGGGGACUCGUCAGAUGAGGAAUCUUUGAGUUCAAAUAGUUCUUUUUCUGAAGAAGAAGAGGAGAAAGAAAGAAAAGAAAAAAAGAAAAAAGAAAACUCCAGUUUGCUGCUGGCAGCAGCAGCAGAGCGGCGGUUCGGGCUGCUGUCUGCUGCAGAGCGAAGCCGCCUUCGGCAGUUCGCGGGGGCCCCCGAGCUGCAAAACCCCAAGUUGAAGUCAGCAAUUCGGGGGCUCUUUUCGGGGGCCGGGGGGCUCCCAGGGGCCCCCGGGGCCCCCGGGGCCCCCGGGGGGGCCCCCGGGGCCCCCGGGGGGGGCCCCGGGUCUGCAUUUGUGGGUCUUUCUCGGCUUUUGGAGGAGCCGGAGUUUUGCAAACUGGCGAAGGCUCUGAUGCAUGCAAUAAGUGCAGAAAGUUCGGAAAAUUUGGAGACUUUUUGCGGAAAAAUUCGAAAAAAUUCGACCCCUGGGGCGCGGGCGAACUGA